AUGCGGAAGCUGUUGACCAAAGUGUACCACCAUCAAAUGGCUUCAACGGGGUUGGCUGGAAUUGCGAUAGUCCUUGGCACUGCUGAUGUUCUCCAUGCCUUUGCCAUUAUAGAGAAGGAGGACGUGUUCAAGAAGACCCCUUGCCCAGCUUUUCUGAUGUUUGAAAAUGCUGCUUACUUGGCCGACAUGAGCUUUGAGUUGCCUUGCAAUUGCAAGCCCGAGGAGGUCACUUCUGUGGUUUGGUACUUUCAGAAGAACAUGGGCAGACACCGGACUAAGGUCUUGACAGACUUUGAUGGCACUUUGGUUGUGGACUCGAGCCACAUCAAGAGAGGCGUUGACAUGCUCCGGCGCUUCAGCAUCAGGAUGUUCAGCCUCAUUGUCUUCCGCGUUCAGGUGGAAGAUUCAGGGCACUACAUUUGUGGCACCAAGAAAGGGGAUUUCUUCUAUGGCUAUGAUGUAGACGUGCAGACUUCCAAAAACAUAGCUGUUGCCUUUGCAGAUGAGGAUCAGCACCCACAAAAGGACUUCAACAGAACACACUUUGUAGUCUUCACCGUCUUCUGGGAAUGGACCAAGUGCAAUCGCUGCGAUGUCAGAGGUGAGCAGCGGAGAGUUGGGCUUUGCUAUGUGCAGAGCCCCUAUCUGCUCAGGCGAUACCGUACUACCAUACCAGAGGUGGCUUCCUGUGGCUCCAAGUCUGUCCCAAAGCAGUUUCGGGGGGUUCCGAAUAGGAAGCCUGAGGUCGUUAUCCGAAGUUGCAUGGCACCUUGCAGGAAAAAGAUGUCCUCCAUGGGAGAGGCAUCCAUCUCAGAUGUCAUCUCCAAGCUUGGGGAAAAACCCUGGGUUCCCGACAUCCCUAUCCAAUUCCACAAGCAAUCCCUUGGCACUGGGCUGAUCAUAGCCUGCCCUGGUGCCAGGCCAGAGCAUGCUGUGGCUUGGGACAAAGACUCAACCCGGAUGUACCUCACCAGGUUCCUUACCGGGGUCAACAAGAGCAUGAGGGUCUUCAUUGACCACGGAAACCAUCUGCACAUACGCUUUGCCCAGAUGGAUGACAGAGGAGUCUACUACUGCUGGCGAGAGGGACAACUGGUGGCUGGCUUUCGGCUCGCUGUUGUGUACGAGAGCCGCCACAAGAGAAGCAUUGAUGAUCCUGAGACACAAUACGCCAUCAAGGCCAUCUUCACCAGCUAUGUCUUCAUCACCCUCCUCUUUGUCAGCAUCCACAUUGUCCGCUGCUGUGUUUACGCCUUCAGGUGCACAUCUGUGGAAUAG